AAAUAAAAUAAAAUAAACAAACAAAAGAUAGAGAGAGGAGAGAGAAGGAGAGAUGAAGGGCACUCCUCUACUUUUUUAUGUUGCACGCAUCCAUGGCAGAAAACAGAAGACAGUACUACAAGGACAAGAGAAGAAGAGAAGAGAAGAAGAGUAAAACAACCACCACCACCACAACCAAGAAGACUAACCCAAGAAGGAGAACAACAACAACAAACAAGGAGAUAGCAAACAUGGGGUUGUGAGAUAUUUACACACGCAUACCAUGCUAAAAAUACACAUACGCACAGAGGAGCUGCUUCAUGUGUUUGUUUGGUGAAAUGGGUCUCUUCAGUUCUAUGCAUUUAACUAGUGUAGCUUUGAAAUUUCCAUUUAUUGUAGUCUUUCUCUUUUUGUGAUUAUAGAUAUAGAUAUGUUGUUUAUCUUUGUUUGAGAACUUUUGGGUAGUUUUGAUUUUGGGUUUUUGGAGCUGAAGAGAGAUUGUGGGUUUGUGGGUGUUUUAGAUGAAGGGGAUGCCCUUACCCUAUGAUUUUGAGGGGAAGGGGGUGUUAGAGUUGGAGCUUGUUGCAGAGAAUACAUCAUCAUCAUCAUCAUCAUCUUCUUCACCAUCCUCAAAUCCAUUGGUUGUCCAGAAGUGGGAAAAGGAGGCUUGCUUUGUAGAUUGGGAGCCUACCUCUGUCCUGGAGACUAUCAGUAACCCAAGCCCUCCUACUUCCACUUCAACGCUGUCGUCUUCUUUGGGCGGCGGCGGCGGCGGCGGGGGUUCUACAGAUACAGCCGGCGUGGCGGCAGUUUCAGGAAACUCCUCCCAAAAAUGGCUGCCAGUGCAGCAAGAAAGCAGCAGCUCCAUUAUAGGAGUUGAAUCAGGGUGUGGGAAUUCAGAGCUCCACCCAAUUCCACCCGCCCUGGAGAUCGGCGGCGGCGGCGGCGCCACCGGCGGAGGGGAGAAAUGUGGGAUGGGAAUGGAGGAAUGGGAGGGGGUUCUGUCGGAAUCUGCAGCGGGGUCGCCGAGCCAAGAGCAGUCUAUACUGAGGUGGAUCAUGGGAGACGUGGAGGACCCAUCUAUGGGAUUGAACAAGUUGCUGCAAAGUGGUGGUCCGGCGGCGGAUUUUGAAUUCAAUGGUGGGUUUGGUAUUGUAGAUCAGGGUGGGGGUGGUGGUGGUGGUCUGGGGUUGGACCCAGUUAUCUCUGGUGGUGGGAAUUUGAUGGCUCUAAUGAACAACCCUACUUUGCCCACUUCAGGGUUUCCUCACAGUACCACCAACAAAUUCAACAAUGAAAAGGUGGGUUUGGCCCCAAACUCAUCAUCAACUCUUCCUAAUCACAAGCUUCCUAACCCUACUCCAAAUCACAUGUUCUCUCCAUUAUCUAACAAUCUUAUACCCAUUUCACUAUCUCCAUCCACAUUUAAUCAACACCCACCAUUUGAUUCUUCUGAUGUCAAGCCUCAGAUUUUCAAUCCCCAAGUGCUAAUUAACCAGCACCAAGCACAGCAUACCCAAAACCCAGCUUUUUUCUUGCCAUUGUCAUACACCCAACAAGAGCAGCACCUUUUUUUGCCACCACAGCCCAAGAGGCACAACUCUGGAGGGUUUGAACCAAAUUGUUCGAUCCCAAAGGUCCCGUUUUCGGAUUCUGGGCAAGAGUUACUCAUUGGGAGACAGCAACAGCAGCAAUCACCUCAGGGGCUUGUUCAUCAGCUUCAGUUGGCUCCUCAUUAUCUGCAACAGAGGCCAACAAUGGUGACAAGGCCGAAAAUGGUAGGCGACGAAAUGGGGCUUCAACACCAGCAGUACCAGCAACAGCAGCAGGCAAUAAUCGAUCAGCUAUACAACGCGGCGGAGCUGGUCCAGACAGGGAAUUCAGUACUCGCGCAAGGGAUAUUGGCGCGGCUCAAUCACCAGCUCUCUCAAAUUGGUAAGCCUUUUCAUAGGGCUGCUUUUUACUGUAAGGAGGCCCUGCAAAUGCUCCUCCACACAAACACACCCUCCACAUCCCCUUCACUUUAUUCCUCACCAUUCAAUCUCCUUUUCAAGAUCGGUGCAUACAAAUCUUUCUCUGAAGUCUCACCUUCCCUUCAAUUCGCUAAUUUUACUUGCAAUCAAGCUCUGCUUGAAGUCUUAGAAGGAUUUGAUAGAAUUCAUAUUAUAGAUUUUGAUAUUGGCUUUGGAGGGCAAUGGGCUUCCUUUAUGCAGGAGCUUGCUUUAAGAAGUGGUGGCGCUCCAUCCCUUAAAAUCACUGCGUUUGCCUCUCCAUCAACCCAUGACCAGUUCGAGCUCGGUCUCACUAAUGAAAAUUUGAACCACUUUGCUACUGAAAUUAAUAUGUCAUUUGAGUUCGAAAUUGUAAGCCUUGAUUGCUUGAACACUGCUUCAUGGUCUCUGCCUCUUCAUGUCUCUGAGAAUGAGGCUAUUGCGGUUAAUCUCCCAAUUGGUUCAAUUUCCAAUUACCAAUUGUCUCUCCCUUUGGUCCUCCGCUUUGUUAAACAACUCUCGCCAAAAAUUGUGGUCUGUGUGGACAGAGUUUGCGACCGGACUGAUCUCAUUUUCCCAAACCAUGUAAUUCAUGUCCUUCAAUCUUAUUCAAACCUACUCGAGUCUCUUGAUGCUGUUAAUGUGAAUAUGGAUGCUCGGCAAAAGAUUGAGAGGUUCUUGCUCCAACCAGAAAUUGAGAAAAAUGUAAUGGGUCGCUACCGUUCCCCUGAGAAGACAACACAUUGGAGGACCCUUUUUUUGUCAUCAGGGUUCUCUCCGAUAACUUUCAGUAAUUUUGCAGAAUCCCAAGCUGAGUGUGUAGUGAAGAGGACUCCAGUUCAGGGAUUCCAUAUUGAGAAGAAACAGUCUUCACUUGUUCUCUGCUGGCAGCGAAAAGAGCUCAUUUCAGCUUCAGCUUGGAGGUGCUGAGUAGCGGUAUUGUGAUAUCAAGUUCAUCAACAUGUCCCGUGUGAAGGUGCCUCAUGAAUCAUAACUUACUGCUAUAAUAGCUGAUCUUUUUCAGUUAUCUUGCCUGUGAUUUUCUUUUGCUAAUUGUCUUUGUGGUUUAGGUCGAUUGUUUCCAAGUAAAAAGAACCAGAUGUUUUAGUAACUGGAUGGUCUUAGUAUAGUUAUCUUUCUUUCAGUCUCUUGUGUUGGAUAUGGAUAUAACUGUUAUGGUGUUUCGUGCUACCAUGCAAAAAACAACAGUUCGUGCUAAUUAUGUUGGGGCCUGGUGGCUAUUUGUUGUACACUUGAUGACAAGGCAAAACAAGAAAUGGAAAAAAUAAGAAUUCAACCCUUUAAA